GUGUUGUUUUCAGCUGAUGGCAAGGGAAUGACAUCACCAGCAGCAAGUCAGUACACAUUAUCAUUCUUCCCCCAGUUCUAAGAUUUUCUGUGCUUCUACAUCCUUCCAAGACGCGCAGAUACACGAUAAGCACGCGGUGCAUUACAGUCAAGAUCAAGAGUUUCAUUUGCCAGUGGGUGGUGUCCCUGAGAGAAGGUGUGACAAUGUGGAGGCAGCUGGAGCCAGUACCAUGACCCUGCCCACACCAUGCACCAGGUGUUGGGGGAGCCGCAGGACGCAGACCCCUGCGGCAGGGCUUAGUGCCAGGCCAGAUUAUACCUGGAGCAGAUCAGGAGCCGAGUCUCCACAAACAGGCAGGACGUCAAGCCGGCCAUGGCCAAGCGGGAUUACCUGGUGGACGCUGCCAAACAGAUCCGCAUGGCGCUGGACCGGGAGAUCAGCGAAGAAUACGAGGCUGCAUUUAACUACUACAAGAACGGGGUUGACCUCUUGUUAAAGGGGGUGCAAGGUACAGGGUUGCAACGGCUUUCUGGGGUUGACCCGAACAAGGAGCGCAGGGAAGCAGUGAAACGGAAGACCACCCAGUACCUGAAACGAGCCGAGGAAAUCUUCAACUCGCACCUGCAGGGGAGUCUGGGGAGGACAGACUCCAAAUCCGGGUGUCAGGGAUUCAGUAGCCUGAGGUUUCGACCAAUCCGAAUCCUCAGCUCACCCGUGGAAGACCUGAAGAUGUAUAAGGUCACUGGGGUCAUUGACAAGGUGCUCAUGGUCCAGAACCCAGCCACAAAGGAGAUUUUUGUUGUCAAAAGCCUCCCCAAGUCUAGCUGGAAAAGCCAUGAGUACCAGACCAUAAUUCCCCAGGGCGUGCCGUUUAUGGUGCGGCUUCUGAGAUACUCCGUCAGUGAGGAUUCAGUCUUCCUUCACCUGGAACAUAUACAAGGUGUGAGACUCUUUUCUCAGAUUCACAAAGCCAGCACUGAGAGGGUGAAAGAGUACCCUGAAUGCUGCAGUCCCUCUCGCAGAAAGAUUAAGCUGAAGAACAGCUACACCACACCAACGCUGAGGUUUGAUUUUGAGGAAAGCUGCAGAGUAACACCAAACAAAAUGACAGGAAUUACAGAGGACUUGGUGCACUAUUCUGACACAGAACCCCGGACAGAAGGCCAGUCGGAGGGCUUCAGCAGUGGAGAUGCUGGGUGUCUGCUCUGCAGCAAACAUAAUAAAAUGAAUGAGCACUCCCAACAUUGUCUUUGCUCAGAAUGCUAUACUGGAAUGGUAAUGAAGUCUGAUUUUUUACCAGCAAACAGCAAAGAACAAUUCCAUAGGAACCAGAGCAACCUGUUAGAAUCUCAGGAAUAUAUUGCCCACCAACCAGAUGUGAACACCAGAGACAAACCUAAUCGGGCACUGAAAGUUGCUCCAAGCAAUCUGAUAAGCACUGAACUUUGUACUGAAUGUAAUAAAUGCAGGGCUGUAAAUACUAACCAUCUGGCAAAUGAGGUACCUCAAGCAACUGAAACGUCAGUACAAAGCUCAGGUUCUGAGACGGCAUGUGAAAGCCAGUUGGUGUGUGAGAGUGUGACAUUGAAACUGGAGGAGGAUUUCUCAGACCCCCCCGUGCAAACUUGGAUGGAAGGUGGCCGCGGUGCGUUGGCCACUGAAGGCACUUCCAAAGUCUCUAGUACAGCCAGGAGGCCUGCUGCAGUAGCAGGCCAAUACCUCGCAGUGCAGGAUGCGGAGGGGAGAGAGAACUUGAGUAACACUGCUGCCAACCAACAGGAAAGGACAGAAGGGACUAGUGAUUCUGCAGGGGCAUUGGAAAACUCAACACCCAUUAGAGUAGACUCUUCUAAUGUGGAUUCAGCAAGCAUAAUGAUAGGUGCGUCCUCAGGGAACGGGCAGUGCCUGAUGAAGGUACCCGUUCACAAUUUAAGUGCUGCUAACCAGGUCUCUACAGACCAGGACCCAGUAAUCCCCAGUGUAAAGGACCUCCAGGUGACCUCGACCAAGGUCAAGGGCCAGGAGGAGAAAGAGGACUGGGAACUGUUAAGCCCUCUGAACAGAGAGAGCGGGGCCUUCCCAAUGACCGGGCAGGUAGAGGUGCUCCUGUGUGAAUCGAGAGGAGCUGGAGCUGGAUCCAAAGCAUCUCAGCUUUGUAAGAACGGAUACUGUAGCAGCAGCCUGUCGCCUGCGUCCGAUUUGCACAUUGAAGUGGACGGUUGGUGUCUGCUGCCGAAUUUCCCCUCCAGGCAGACCGCUGAAAGGCCCAAGCCAGGCCCGAGGGGCCUCUCCGAAGACCAGGCCCGGCUGUGGGUGGCCCAGAUUCUGUUGGCUUUGGAAAGCCUUCAUGAGCAGGGGAUUGUGUGCAGGGACCUGAAUCCCAAGAACUUACUGCUGGAUAGCUGUGGACGGGUUCGCUUAACAUACUUUGGUCAGUGGGGUGAAGUUCAAUCCCAGACCAGCCCCAAAGCAAUGGAAGACAUGUACUGUGCACCAGAAGUGGGUGGUGUUUGUGAAGUCACGGAAGCCUGUGAUUGGUGGAGCUUGGGUGCUUUGUUGUAUGAGCUCCUUACUGGAAUGUCCCUGAAGCAGUGCCACCCCUCUGGCAUCCUCCCUCACACCCAACUCCACCUCCCAGACUACCUGAGCACUGCAGCAGCCUCCCUGCUGACCGAGCUCCUGCAGUUCGAUGCUGGGUACCGGCUGGGCUCUGGAGGAGGGGGUGUGAGCGACAUCAAGGGCCAUCCAUUUUUCAGCACUGUCCCUUGGCAGAAGCUGAGUGGGUAACCCUCAGCGAGAGACGACCCACAGGACCCAACACAUUUGCACUGAUGAAGGGGCAAAGGAACACAGAGCCCAACAGACCACUAGAAUUCCCUGAACUGACAGCUGGAAAUGAAAUAUAAAAUGUAGCCAGGUAUCUGAGCACCAGGGCCAUGAGUUCAAGCUUAUGAUUAAGUGAUGGUUAAUAGAAUGAGAAAUGCAAAUGGCGGCAUAAAAGAAUGUUUCAGAAAUGGAAUCCGACCAAUUUCAGAAUGGGGAACAACAGCAUGGUAUUGCGUACUGCCUGCAAUGGGGUGCGGUCAAACACCAAAACACUACCAUGGAUAUUCAAUGAUGUCACAGGCAUUCUGAUUUUUUUUUUUUUUACCCUUGUAUGUCAACCAGCAACACACCAACUUUCAAUACCUUUUGAUCAGCCAGUCUAGGAAUUAUUAAUCCGAGAAGACUCUUUUUACCAGGGAUAGCUCAGAUAAUUCAUUAUAUUACAACCUCACAAUAUGAAGCAACGUCAAAGUGUCAAAAAUAGUGUUUUUUAAUCUUUUAUCUCCAUUGUUAUUUAAGCUGAUCUAAGGUUCUCCCCGUCUUGCCUGGGAUGAUGCUUUAUUGUAUAGAGCUGGUAAAGUGGAGCAUGCAAUGGGGAGGGGCUUCAGAACCCUUCCUGGGUAGAAUGGUGGGCGGUUGUUUCUGUUUUACAAGCAUCUAACGUAUGAACUGACAAACCUUACAAUAACAAUUUAUAACACACUGUAUCACCAAGAUGUAAUUAAAGGAAUGAAAUAGCAAUUACACGUGUGUUUAUGUUAUUGACGAGUCUACAGAUCAGAAAGUAUAACUUCAAAGGCAGUGGAAACCCUGUUCAAACUUUUUUUGUUGUUGCCUAUAUAAGGGAACAACUAAGAUAUUCCUUACAGUUCAAAAUGACCUUGUCAGAUAGAUAUUAUUAAAGGGUUGUUCCACGCCUGCUAGGAUAAUCAUAUUCAAAAUCUAGACGCACUUUUACCACCCAGUGUAUUGUGAAAAUGUUUUAUUGGACAGACCAUUUUGCUCUAUGCGGAGUCCACUUUAGAGGCUGUGAGUUGGGGGAAGUAGAUGUAAUGUAGAGUACAUCUUCACAAGUGUGUGUCCUAGCAACUAAGAGGCUUUGUUGAGCCAAUGUAUUGUGUGCACUGCGGCACAUUUGAAAUGUCAGGAGAAAGCGCUGGUGUUUGUCUUCUGUCAGGCACGCAUGACUCACUUGCUAGUUUAUGUUGUUUAUGUAAUUGUAUGUGUGAUGGAACAGCUGUUCACUUUUAUUAGCCAUUCAAUGGCUGUAUUUUUAUAAACUAUUUGUUUUCUGUUUAACACUGAAAAAUGCACUGAAGGACAGAGGCAUGCAUCUAUGAAGGUCAAUUAUAGGUAGAUUAGAAGCUCAGAGUUGGGUUUUAAAAAUAAACUGGAAGAGUUUCAGUAAGGUUUUAGUCCCCUUGCCUCCAAAAUGAAGUAAAAGAUGCAAACCAAGUAUGGAUGCUCAGAAACGUACUUGUAGAAUUUGGCCAAUAUAGAGAUAAAUGACCAGAAGUGUGCUUAUUUAAAUCAGAUGGGCACAUGGCAUUGAAAUGUAAUUUUAAAGUACAGCAUCAUAAACUACGGUAGGGUGUGUGAGUUUUGUUUAUUAUUAAUGAAAGAGACCAUUCUACUUUUAUAAUGAUUCAAAGUACACUGUUUAUUGAUUCAUGAAAGAUUAACAGGUGAUAUAGUCACUACACGAUUACAUUUGUUUACAUUCAUUGGUUAUUCAACAUACCCAAACAUCACAAUUAUUGCAACCCAUUCUUGUAUUCGAAUAAUGGUAGUCACCUAACUUGCAGUCAGAAUAGUAAUGAUGUCAUAUCACCUCUUAACUGAGAAGACCCUUUCAGACGGGUUCAAGGAAGAUGUUUAGUCCAUUUCACCCGGGCAAUUCACUGAAAUCUGGUCUCCUCUAAGCUGAUAUAGCUGUGUUUCAUUUGGCUCUGAACAUGCACAGUCUUAAUCCUAUAGAAUCCAUACUCUUAAAACACCUGGUUUUGGACAAAUGUCACAUUUUUCAAUUAGUCAGUUUUUCGUUAAGUAUAUGGGAAAACUACAAAGCAGUAUGUAAUUCAAUAUGUUGACAUAACAUUAUAUAGCAGGUUUCAUUCGACUAUGAUAUAUAUAAUAAAAGGUGUUCAUUGGAAUUUCUGUGAUCAUAGUUGGGAGCAUAAAAGGCAAUGUUACACAAAAACAUCUACCUGUUCCAUCAGUAUACAUUCAAAGAAUAUUUAAUUUCAGCCAUUCUUCCCACCUUUUCAUGUUGUUCAGAUAUAUGGCUUGUAAGCAAGCGUUGCAUUUCAUUCUGGCAGGAUAUCAUUGUUGCUCUUUUUUUCCAUUAGGAAGUAUAAAGAGGCCUUAUAAGGCUUGCAUACUGAAUGAGUCUUUUGUUUUGGGUAAAUGUUGCUUCUCUACAGCAUGCAUACUUAAAGGUUAUUUUAAUAACAAUAUGGUUAUUCUUAAAUGGGGAUCAGGUGCACAAGCUCCGUCUGAUGGUCUAAUUUUGACAACAAAACAUGUAGUCCUUAUGUUCAGCAAAUGUAUUUUGUAAACACUUAGGCACAUUUUGUAAGGAUAAAAUGUUAUUGUUUGUUGGGAGUCUGCAAAGUAACUAAGUGCAUUUGUGUUUUUUUUUCUGAAAAAUUAAAAUUUUUGUUCAGAAAAAUAUGUUAGAAUAAACAGACCCUUUUAGUGAAAUUAUAAGACGCAGGUACUUUUAUUUCAGUAUGAGCUGUGCCAGUUUAUUUUGUGCACAGAGAUGUUACUGUAUAAGCUUUUUAUUAUAACCUAGUUUUAUUACUGGUUUUACUGUGUGAAGAAAGAUUAUGCAUGUAUAAUUUGGCAAGAAAUGAGUCAAAAAAGCAAAGGGCUGUGAUAUCCAUGCUUUUUUUUUAUUUCUGGACACAUUCUAUUCUGUACUUACUUUUCUUUUGCCACAUUCUAUGCCAUGUACUUAAAGAGGGAUUUCCCAUGACUUCCAAACUAAUAUAGCUCUGUGAAUGGUCAUCUUCAGCAGCAACAUGAUUUCCAGCCUUGUCCCAGUUUAUUAAACCAGCUUCAAAAUACAGUGGGGCCCAAAAAUAUGGAGACAGUUCCUCAUUUUAAUUCUUGGGAGAAUUCCUGAGAAGUGAAACAUUUUGAGGAUACAAGGCAUUUGGGGGGAAAAAACAUUUCAAAUUCCUUUCCCUUAAAAAAUAUGCAUAUGUAUGCACAGUUUGUGAUCUGAUACAUUAUCAAAAGGCAGGCUUAUCUGUACAAUUUCAGAUCUUUAUACUACAAGUCUUAUGUACUUUUUAGACAUGAAACUGCAAAACAAUGCACACAACAGUGACAAGAAAAUCAGUUAUGCAAUAUAUUUAAAACAUAACGCAUAAUAUACAUUAUUGCCAUAAAUAAGUAUUUUAUUAAUACUUCACCUGAAACCUCACGAUUCUAGCGGGCCCAUGAAAACAGCAACAGAUUUUUUUGAAAAAGGUUGAAAUGGCACAUGAAUAACUUAGGGAAAUCCAAUCUCUGAAGUGGGUAAUGAAAACCAUUUGCCAUCUUUUGUAAUGUGCCCGUUUCUAUUCUUUCAGCUUUCAUCUAUCUCCAUACAAAGACUAAAAGGACAAAUAUCCUAUUCUGCUACCUGAUUUGAUAUUCCCAUCUUGUGCCAAUUUUUUAAAGAAACAGCAUUUUAAAAAAGGGACACGGAUAUUGAUGCACCUUGUGAAACACUAUUAAAAUCAUCCCUUUCUUGCUAAUGGAAUCUUGUGUGGCAGUAAAAAAGCUGAAUGAUGUUGUUGGGGCCAUUUAUCUAUUAUAGCCUCCUCUAUUCUUAUGGUAAUGUAACAUUCGUGUUUUUGUGUGACUAAUUAAUUCUAUGUUUUCCUCUAGAUUGCAUUGUUUGUGUGGGCUCUGGCAAUGAAACAAAGAUGUCUAUUAGAAGCCAUUGUGUGCUGCGAUUAUAAAAGUAAACGAAGUAUUAGAGAACCCCUGUGCAGCUGGGAACACUUGACCCUUUAUUAUUAAAAUGUUAAGGUAUAAGCAGUCUGAAGACUCAAUCAGUGAUUUCAUUAUCUGGAUUCUUAACAAGUGUAUGUAGAAUCUAUGGGUGCACAGACAGCUCAACUCACGCUUUGGGAUGGUUGUACUAAAGAGUGUAGAAUGAU